GUUUUCGUUCGUGUUGAAUCAGUGUUUUCUGAUGGAAAAAUUGAUAAUUUGAAAUUUCAAUUGAAUUUUGAGUAGCUGAAGCGAGACACAUCACGGCCAUGAUCACCCACCUGCGCCACGUGAGGCGCUUCUGCAGCAAAUCUUCCUCCCUGGACCCGGGCAUCCGAAUCUACUCCUGUCGAACUCGGGAAAAGGUCCCCCUGCAACUGCCAUCUGCCUGCUGGGUCACAUCCUUCUACACCUGCGGUCCAACGGUGUACGAUUCGGCUCACAUCGGUCACGCCAGCUGCUACGUCCGGUUGGACAUCGUCCAACGCAUUUUAAAAGACCACUUUCGGAUGAACCUUGUGACCGCCAUGAACAUUACCGACAUCGACGAUAAAAUCAUCAAGCGAGCCAACGAAUCCGGUCAACCCUGGAUGGAUGUUGCCCGCCAUUACGAGCAGGAAUUCUGGAGCGAUCUGAAACGACUGAACGUUCGAUCUCCGGAUGUAAAACUACGAGUUACGGAUCACAUUCCCGCCAUCACUGCAUUCAUACAAAGACUGCUAUCCAGUGGCUUUGCGUACAAGUCUUCGGACGGCUCCGUCUACUUUGAAACUACCAAGUACCCCCAAUACGGCAAGCUCCAGAACAUCCCCAUGGAUCAGGAAUCUCCAGCAGAAGGUAAAAAGAAUGCCGCUGAUUUCGCCCUCUGGAAGGCAGUAAAACCGGGCGAACCAUCGUGGGAGUCAAGCUUCGGCCCCGGUAGACCGGGAUGGCACAUCGAGUGUUCGACACUGGCAUCGCAGAUCUUCGGCCGCCAGCUUGAUUUCCACGCUGGAGGUCUGGAUCUGCGGUUUCCUCACCACGAAAACGAAGAAGCGCAGAGCUGUUGCUACCACCAGGUCCAAGACUGGGUGCGAUACUGGAUCCAUACCGGGCAGUUGCAUCUGGAAGGUCAAACGCACAAGAUGUCCAAAUCGUUGAAGAAUACAGUCAGCAUCGGUGAGUUGAUGGAAAAGUUUUCCGCGGAUGAGUUCCGGAUGCUUUGUCUGCUGUCGCACUAUCGAAGUGCGAUAGAAUUUGGCGACGAGUCCACGACGGUGGCGACUAACGUUUUGAAAAAGUUCCGUUCGUUUUUCGAUGACUCCAGAGCGUACGUCGGAGGGGUGAAGCCGGUGGCUUGUAUCGAUGCGAGCUUGAUACGGGCAAAGGUUCAGGAAGUUGAUGGGAAAAUUGAAGGAUUUCUCCGGAACGACUUCAACACUGCCAGUGUCGUGACAAGUUUGGGCGAUCUGGCGUCGGUUGUGAACAAAUCAAUCAACCAAAGAUCUACCGGGUCGAUCGAGGCAUCGGAAAGUGGAACCGUUCAGGCGGCGAGCAACUACAUUCGUAGCAAACUGGCGCUGUUUGGAUUGCAGGAAUUUGCCGAUGAGGGAGUUGCGAGAGCGGACGCGUCUGACGAUGGCUCGACUGAGGAGGGGGUUAUCGAUGGUAUGGUUCAAAUUAGAACAUCCAUUCGGAAGCAGGCGAUGGAGAGUAAGGAUCGCCGACUGUUUGCCGUGUGUGAUCAGAUUCGGGAUCGGCUGAAGGAGUUGAAUGUGGAGGUUAAGGACCAUGGGAAGACUUCCUCGUGGAACUAUGUUAAGCGAUGAUUUUAGGUCACUGUGCGAAAGUUAGAGAAAUGCAUUUGAAA